CGUAAUUUCAACUUUCUAGGCCGUAUCAUUGUCAGCCAAUUUCCCCAACAGCUAUCCCGCGAGCUUCCUCUUCGAUACUAUAAUAAAGCCUUCCUCCUCUAAUUCUCUGCCUUAACCUUUCUAAAUCAGGAAGCUUGCGCAGCUUCUCUCUCGACAUAAUGGCGAACCAAACCCCUGCCGUUGUCAUGGACAACGGCACGGGUUUCUCAAAGCUUGGUUUCGCCGGAAACGAUUCUCCCUCCUUCGUCUUCCCGACAGCGAUAGCUACGAAAGGCCCCGCUGGAGGUGCUGGAGGAACCGGAUCGGGUCGACCGGCCGUGGCAAACAAGCCAACUUUCCUUACAGGAGGUACCGGCCCUGGCGGUAAUUUAUCGUCCAAACGAGGCACCGAAGACUUGGACUUCUUUAUCGGCGACGAGGCCAUUGCCGCUUCAAAUGGGCCGGGUUAUGGGCUACACUACCCAAUUCGACAUGGUCAAAUAGAGAACUGGGACCAUAUGGAAAGAUUCUGGUCAAACUCUAUCUUCAAGUAUUUACGUGUCGAGCCCGAAGACCACUACUUCCUCUUGACCGAGCCUCCUUUGAACCCUCCCGAAAACCGAGAAAAUACCGCCGAGAUCUUCUUCGAGUCUUUCAACUGCGCCGGACUCUACAUCGCAGUUCAGGCCGUUCUCGCUCUUGCUGCGUCGUGGACAUCCGCGAAAGUGUCUGAUCGCUCUCUAACAGGUACUGUUAUUGAUUCGGGCGACGGUGUCACUCACGUCAUUCCCGUUGCCGAAGGCUACGUGAUUGGAUCGUCUAUAAAGUCCAUCCCGAUCGCCGGUCGUGAUAUAACCUAUUUCGUCCAAUCUUUGCUACGUGACCGAGGCGAGCCCGACAGCUCUUUAAAGACGGCCCAAGAAAUUAAGGAAGAGCACUGCUACGUAUGCCCAGAUAUUGUCAAGGAAUUUUCGAGAUUCGACCGAGAUCGAAGUCGAUUUGCCAAGCACGUUGUUUCGCAGCCAGGUGGCCGCCAAGUGACCGUCGACGUGGGAUAUGAGCGAUUCCUAGCCCCUGAAAUAUUCUUCAACCCGGAAAUCUACUCCUCCGACUUCCUCACGCCGCUGCCUGUCGUUGUUGAUGGUGUUAUCCAAUCAAGUCCGAUCGACGUCCGAAGAGGGCUAUACAAGAAUAUUGUUUUAUCAGGAGGCAGCACGUUAUACAAGGAUUUUGGGCGAAGAUUGCAGCGUGACAUCAAGCACUUGGUAGACGCAAGAAUUCGUGCUAGCGAAGUCCGCAGUGGAGGAGCCAAGAGCGGUGGCUUGGAGGUUCAGGUUAUCUCGCACAAGCGACAACGGCAUGGCCCAUGGUUUGGUGGCAGCUUAUUGGGGCAGACCCCUGAGUUCCGAUCUUAUUGCCACACCAAAGCAGAGUACCAAGAAUACGGACCUGGUAUCGUGCGAAGAUUCGCUCUACUUGGUGGGCCAGGUGGUUCGUAGAAGCGGAUCGAUAGGACCGACCCCACGAUAUCAGAUAGACAGGAAUGGCAAAGGGGAUGCAAAAGUUUAACGUAUAUCCGAAAUAGUGAAGCAGGCAACUGUCAAAAUCAUGAGCAAAUGAUAAUGCCUUAAAUCAUGUACUUGUUUGAUUCUUCGUAGUAUUGGUCUCCCAUGUGCCCUCGAUUCAGAAAAGACGAAGAGGCCUCUUAUAUUGGGUCUACUUAUCAAAUUAGUAUAAUCGUUUGUUUGGUUUCAACAUGUUAUCAUUAUAUUACAGCACAUGUCGAGUUCCUAUGUAUUACUUGCCUAGUUAUAAACGUUUCGUAUCAGAUAUAAUCUAUGC